AUGAACAGUGCGUUGAGCGUCAUGCCUCCUCCUUUGUCGCGGCGGAUCGUUCGCGCCAUGGUACGUCCAGCUUUCUCUUCUUUUUUUUGUCCAACAAGGAUCAACUUUCUUUUUUUCGGAUUUAGUCAGCUGAAAGUGAUAGAAAAUAAACUCUUCUAUAAAAUGAAAACCUUGGAAGUCUAAAUCUGCCAUCUCUUUUUCUGUUUGAAAAAAGACAUUCUUUUUUAGUUCUGUGCAAUUUUUUGGAACUGUUUGAUAUUCUGAUAACGUUAUACAGAAGCAUUUCUUGCUAUCAUAACGUUUGAAAAAACGUUUGCUUGAUGAAGACCCCGAAAACGAUCUCCCUACUAUGUUUUGUAGCAAAAAGAUGUUCAGCAAGUUCAUGAAUGUAUAAGCAUGUUCAACAGUUUUGAAAUUGACGUGGAAACGAAUCCUUGAACAAUAGUUUAGUUUCUUGUUCCAAUGUUUUCAUCCGAUUAAGAUCAAAUUGUUAAUCUAGCUCAAAAUUUAGUUUGGAAAAAGCUUCGUGACUGUGAACUCGAGAUCCAACCGUAAAGAAGAACUAGAAAAAUGUUUGUGCAUGGGAAAACUGUGAAUAAAGAUUUAAUGUUUCGAAAUCUUUAAUAAUAGCUUCAGCGUUACCUCGGAAGUAGACUCGCUUAUCGAAACUCCCAGGAACUUUUAAUUUAUGGAUUUUUAUUUUCAAUAACUUUUUUCUCAUUUUUUUCACUCACCCAUUAAAUUUGAUGUAUUCGAUAGCUAGAUAAUCGGAAGUAUCAUUGAUGAAACUCGGAAUCGAAUUUAUUUAAUUGCUCAAAAGUUUGAAAGUUGUUCACGAAUUUAAUGAGAAUGAACAUGAAAAAACAGUUUUUCCUACAAGUUUGAUAGCUUGGCCGAAAAUCUGAAGUUUCACAGUUUAUUUUUGACUUUGAAGUUUUUUGAAUCUAUAAAUGUAAGCUGAUGUUUUGAAAAUAGUUCGUUUGCUUCAGAACGGCGAUUUCUAUGAGGUUCAAAACUGAAACAAAAUUACUAAAGCUAUAGUUCAGCUUUGAUCAAACAAUUAUUGGAAGAGAAUUUUUUAUAGAAGUCUCUUACAGAGACAAAACCUAAAUUGAUUUGAAGGCGCCACUAAAAGCAUAGGGGGCUCAGAAAAACACUCUUAGUCAAACUUUUUAGCUAACAGUGUUAGCGUCGGUGAGAGGAGGACCUCAUCGCGGCUCAUUCCUCCGUCGACCCGCAUUUCGAGCUCUUUGUUAGGGAGUUUCGGCAAAUGUGCCAAGUCCUCUGAGCCGCGGGGGGCACUCUCAAUUACAGCCAAACCAUGGAGCGUAGGGUGGAGUCGUCUUGAUUGCUUGCUAUCCUUCCGAUAUGGCUAGUUAGCGCCUCUUCGGAUGCUCCUUGCGCGGACACCCUUUGGCCUCAGCGCAUCUUUCUCAAAUCAUCCGUCCUAAACUUUUUUAUGAACGUUUGCCGACUUGCGCCAAACUGAACUCAAAUUUUUGCUCUCUAAAAACCCAAUUUUUUUUUCAAUCGUUGAUCAGAAAAGUAUAAAAAUUGUUCGGAACAGUUUAAAGAAAGAAAGCUGUACCAGACUGUAGCCAGAUUUUCAAAAGCCGAUGGCUGAGUUUUUUCUCGUCUUUUUUAGUUAGCUUUUGGUUGCUCUUGAAGAAAUUUUGCUAAUGACCCAGUAAAAAUAAGAUAUCCUUCAUAACAAUUCAACUAAACACCUUUUUAAAUUCUGAGAGCUGACCUCAUGAAGUCUAGGAAAAUUUUUUGAGCCAAAAUGACUCAAAAAUUGUUAGGAAUCUUUCCUAACAGCAAUUCAAAGCGCAAAAAAGUAGAAGCUCAUGUGAUAAGUCGUUUAAGCUUAUGUGAAUGAAGUAUGCACUAAUGCUAUUAAAAAACGCAGACAUCACGCAAGACUGCGUUUUUUUAACAUUUUUUUCCGGUCUGAAAAUAUUAUGAAUAAUCUCAACCUUUUUUUCAAUUUUUCUGAUUCAUUCCAAAAAAAUAUUCCGGGCCGAAGUCUGUUAAAAAAAGUUAUCCUUAUGAACUUUUUUAUUUUUAAAUUGGAGUGGAAAAACAAAAGUAUCAAAAAAGUUGGAUAGAUAUCCUUUGGACGAGAAAUGUUGCUUGUCUUUUCGCCAGGUGCUCUCAACGCCUCACAGGCUUCUGUUAAUCGCAAAUACAAGGAAUUGACACAAGGCUCCGGGGCGGAAAUCGCCUAUUUCUUGUGAUUCCCAAGACGCUUUUCGAUCGUACUCGCCGCGCAGUCAACCCUCAAUUUGGCUAGCACUUUUCAUAAUUUAUUCACCUUCUGAGUGGCUGAUACUCGCCGGCAAUGACAUUGAACCUCCCCCUCUUGGUGCACUCUCAUUGCCGUCUCGAGUCGAGGGAUGACGAGAUAUUUUGUUGCGCUGCGACUUGGCCAUAAGCUCGGUCGAAGAGCCGCGUUGCCAACAUUUCAAAAUGCACAAUUGCUUCUAGAAUUACUCCGGCACAAUGGCUAAUAUAUAUAUUGUACGUGUUGCUACGGCCCGCAACAACCUGAUACGUAUUGUUGUUUUGUCUCGAAGCUCCUCUCCAGACGUUUAAAAACCUUUAGAAGAUUUCCUGUACUCUUUUUGUCUUUUUUUCCUUUAUCGUUUCCUUCUCGUCGGCUCAAACGAAUAUGCGCCAACUCUUCAAAUCGGCUACCGUACGUCGCUACAACGUGCAUUUUCAGCACACAAAUCUCAAGAAAUGCGAGCGAUUGAACCACGUUUCACGGUAUCCAGUUCAUCCAAGCAGUGCUGCCCCACACGACACUAAGUUUUCCAAGUCAUAUCUCAACAAAGACAGAAAGGUUGGUACUUUGAAAUUUUCGAAAGAAAUUGACUAUUCACAAGAAGCUUUAAAAAUUGAUAAAAUUAAGAAAAGAUUUGUUUAUUCAUCUUUUCAACUUAGCAGUUAGUUCUAAAACUUUGAAUUAUUACUAUCUAGAGAAAUAUAAAUGAAAUCUUGAAGUUAUCUCCACUUCGCGUCUUUUUUUAUUUAAAAAAAUAUCUCGAAAAAAAAUUAUUCUUAUUCGAAAUAUUUGAAAAAAAUAUUCUAACCUUUUUCAUUAUUCUGUCGUUUUGUCUCACUUUUUUUGACAAUGAUCGAAAGAAAAGUUUUAGAAACAUUGGAGUUGUGUUUCCGAUUCAAAUAAAUCAUAUUUCAAUGUGUAAAAUUGUUACAAGUUUUUUUGGAAUCACGUCUUCUGAGAAAAUUUUUUGAGAAAAUUUAUUCUUUCGAGUCUCCGAAAACAACGGGAAAAUGGAGGAAAUGCCUGAGGAAAGGGUAUACUGUAAAUGAGAGGCGAAAUUAGUUCAAUCUGUCUGUCGCUUGUCACUUAGAAGCGGCGGUAAUUUGCCUUGCCGGCACGAGUUGCCGUCGUUCCAUACGGAGCGUAAUUCUUCACAGCCUCGUCUUCCUCGAGUUUUCGCCCCUAUGCAAACCUAAAAAUCUAUGAAAAUUUCAAAACUUUCAGGUUCUUUCUGCCGGCAUGUUACUGUACUACUUAGCAGCGAUAUUCAAAGGCUUGCAUCCCCGUGUAGACGAUGAUUUUGUUGACAAACUCAAUUAUCACUAUACCUCGGCUAUCAUAUUUGCCUUUGCGAUAAUUGUGUCUGCUAAACAGUAUGUAGGUGAGUGAAAUAAAAUUUUUUGAAAAGGAUAUUCCUUUUUCAGCAAAAAUAAGAAAUUUUUUGUUUCUGAUAAAUAAAUCUUUCGUUUCUGAUAAAUAGAAAAAUGCAGAUUUCAUUGCUUGCUGCUGGCAGCAUGAUGUAGUGGUUAGCUUCCUUGCAAUGUGGAAGCUGUGGUCACGGUUCGAAUCUCUUAUGGAGAAUUUUUUUCUCUGUAGUUUUUAUCAGAGUUGUAGAGCGCGGGGAGAUAGAACGCGAGAGAUAGUUAAAACCCUCUUUUUUUGUCGUUUUUACUAGUUUCUACAUCACUUCUGGCAGAAAAAGUUUUUUUACGAUCCAUCUCAUCAUAUGAUCCGUUGACCUAGUCUAGAAAUUUUUUUUAAAUUAGAAAGAAGAAGGUUUUUUUGUUCAGAAAGAACAAUAAAUCGUUACAAUCGAAAAUUCAAUUUAGGUCAAUCAAUCAAUGAUUCAAUCAAGCGAAAAAUUGAUCAAUAUCAAGCCCAAACGAUUUUCAGUCAAAAAAGUAAAAUUUCAACGGACUUUGAAAUGAAACAGAUGAUAGCCAACUAAAGAAGGGAAGAAUGGUUGAAAAUUCUUAGCCUGUAGUAAAUUUUCCGGGCGGUUCCAACUAUCUCUUCCGUCCUAUCUUUCCAAUUCACAAUUGACCUUCGUUAGAAAAUCGCAAAAAAAAAUUCUCAAAACAAGGUUCGAACCGUGCCACAACUUCCACAUUGAAAUGGCGUUAACUACUCCACCACGCUAACAGCUGCAAGAAAUGGCAACGUCGCGAGUGAUAUUAGCACUUGCGAGCAAAGCCAUUUCUUGUGUGCAAGUUUUGAGGGGCCAUAACUCCUCCAAAAGACAAAAAGCGUUAAAUUACUAACUUUUUCUCAAUUUAGGGGGCUUGAAAAAACAUCUCAGCAAAAUUUCAUCAAAUUCUGAAACUGUGUCUUUUUUCACUUUCCUUGUGAAUUUUAGGCUAUCCAAUACAAUGCUGGGUUCCGGCGCAAUUCACGGACGCCUGGGAACAGUACACGGAAAACUACUGUUGGGUGGAGAAUACCUACUACUUACCCCUCACCAGUGCUUUUCCAUUAGAAUACGGCGAUCGCAGGUAACUCUCGUGUCCAUUUUGUGGUGGAGCAAGAGAAGGAUGUUGCAGAGCUCGUCAAAUUAGCUACUACCAAUGGGUUCCGUUCGUCCUUGCACUCGAAGCACUUUGUUUCUACAUACCGUGCAUAAUGUGGCGAGGGCUCUUACACUGGCAUUCAGGUAUUUUUUUGGAUCUCAAGAAGGGAGAAGCUAUUCAAGGAAACAUGUGAAAAAAAAGUGUUUUUCAUUUUGGAUCUUUCUUCAGUUUUGCAGAGAUCUGAAAAAAAUCUAAAAAAACAAAUUUUUUUACUCAAAAUAAAGAUAUUUUUUUCAAGUUUUUUUCAAAAUUGACAAGAAAAUUUUUCAAUUUUAAGCAGUCACAGUUUUUCUAAAUUAUUCAAAUGUUCCAUUAAUAAUCGAACUUGUGAUCACCCAUAUAAUGUAAAAAAAUAAAUUUGACGUUUUUUUGAGAAAAUGGCGAUUUUUUUAUUAUUACAACCAUCAGCCUCAGAUUUCCUGUUCUAGUUCACGGUAUAGUUUUUCCUGGAUGUCACUAGAUAUAAUUCAAGGUAUUGAUUAAAUAUGCGGAAUAGCUGUAAUUAUGAUUAUCCAGCGCACAAAGUUUACUCUUUGAAACCGGUGAAACUGCCAGGAUAUUUAGAAAAAUUCGGAAACAGCUAUUUCAGAAGAAAAAGACUAGCGGUUUUUUUCGAGUUUUAUUCAAGAUCCUCAUCACCCGUUUUUUUAUUAAUUUUUUUGUUAAUUUUUCGCGGGGUGUGUUAAAAAAAUGUUAAAACAAAGGACAAUGUAAAAAAAUUUCAGAAAACAUUCAUGAAUAUACUUAAGAUAAAAUGACCCAAAUUUUGUUAGAAACAUAACAGGCCGCUGCAAAAAAAUUCACAUUGUUCUAUGGCAGAAAAUUUUGAGAGAAAAAAACCGAAACAAUUUUUUCGUAGGUAUCAACGUGCAGUCGCUCACACAAAUGGCGUGCGAUGCGCGGAUGAUGGACGCAGACGCUCGCGCGGCGACCGUCCAGACCAUUGCCGGGCACAUGGAAGACGCUCUUGAGAUCCAGAGAGAGGCUCGUUAUUACAUUCACAACCCAAUAUUCAGAAAAACGCGCAAAUAGAAAAAAACGCACAAAGUUUGAUGGUUAUUGAAAAAAAUGAUUAAGACUUAUCGCGAGAAAUUCUCGAUCCAUUCAAAAAUAGUAUAAAAAAAAGUAAAUUAAAUUAUAUAAGGGAAAAAAAGAUUAUCAUUUUUCCAAUAGAUCUCAUAGAUGAGACUCUCCAUGUCACUACGAACUGUUUGGUUUCUUUCAGGUCACCGACGUCUCCGGAAUGUGUGUUCAAAAAAACGAUGGGCCAAUUAUGUUACACUAUUAUAUGUGUUUAUAAAAAUGCUCUAUUUAGGGAAUGUCGUGCUUCAGGUAAUCUGCCAUACAGGCUCUUUUGAACAAAAUUCAAAUCUUUCCAGGUCUUCAUGCUGAACAGCUUUCUGGGCACAGACAAUUUAUUUUACGGCUUCCACAUUUUAAAAGACUUGCUGAAUGGUCGCGAGUGGGAAGUUAGUGGCAACUUUCCGCGAGUUACCAUGUGCGACUUUGAGGUUGAAAGUUCUCGAAAAAAAGUUGGGAUAAUUUUUCGAAUUGAAGGUUCGCGUUUUGGGAAAUGUUCACCAUCACACAGUCCAAUGCGUGUUGAUGAUUAAUAUGUUCAACGAAAAAAUUUUCUUAUUUUUAUGGUGAGUCGAAAAAUCAAGACAACAACGUAUGAGAAAAUUUGCAGGUUCUGGUACUUUAUGGUAGCUUUUGUUUCGGCAGUUUCAAUGCUACAUUGGAUUGUUAUAUCAUUUAUUCCAGGACAGGUUUAUAUUUCGAUUGAAACUCGAAAAUGAAAAAAUAACUUUGCAGCAUAUGAAAUUUAUUCGGAAAUACCUCAGAGCCACGGAUUUAGCGACUGAUCGGCAGUCGGUUAAAAAAUUCGUGCACAAGUUUUUGGGUUAUGAUGGAGUGAGUAGAAAUUUAUUGGUUUGUUUCGAAGAAAUGAAGCUUCAGGUUUUUUGUAUGAGAAUGAUUUCGGCGCACGCCGGAGAUAUUCUAGCGACUGAGCUGAUCGUCGCCCUCUGGCACAACUUCAACGACCGCGUCCGGAAGGUACUUUUCGAGCAUGACGGAUUUUUUCUUUUGCACGUGACUUCUUAGAUGAGUAGAUUUAUGAUUCUUAUUUGAAAAUAAUAUAGUUGCGUAAAAAGGUAGAGGGUGCGAAUUUGAAGUUUAAAAAAAGUUUAUUUUUAUUCUAAGAUCCACUUCAACUCUACGGAAUCCCUCACUCACUAACACGUAUGUAUAUUUGACUGCGAUGACUGUUUAGCCAUAUGGUGUCGAUUCCUUUCCUAUUGUAAUUGAGCCUCGUUUUCAACCUUUGCGUCUAUGUUCACCGGGGCAUGCGAAAAAUUGUGCAUUUUCUUUUUUUCAUUUCUUUUUUUUUGUUUUUUCGGUUAGAUAGAGUGCUUGAUUCCAAGUCUCCAUACUUACUCCCUCCGCUUUGCGCUAAAGUUUAGAACCGCUCUCUCCAAUUGUUUUUCUUUAACAUCCCAUACGGCUCAUUCAUCAGAAUCCCCAUAGAAUUAAAAAUUUUUUUCAAUUAAUAACUUUCUCACGAAAAAAAGCUUCUUAUUUUUUUGCCACUUUCCUUCAUUGCACGCUUGAAUUUUUUAGUUUCAAAAUGGCUUACGUUACCUAGCUGUGAAAGACGGUUUCCCGAGCGUAGUCGUAACCAAAGUCAAAUUUCAGAGUCCUAUAGAAAUGUUCGAAGGCGGCGUUAGCCAGUCUCCCAGCAAACUUGACGCCAACUUCAAAACGUGGCUUUUGGGCCAGACAAGGUAAUUCCGAUGCGAAAUAACACAAUUUGUUUGAUUGUUUCUAAUUGACGAACAUUCCGGCGAGAAGAUUAUCAGUUAGUUGUGAAAAUCCCCCGAAAAUUGGCCGUUGAAUUGCUUGAGUUUAUGUGAAGAUAAAUACGAAGAACCAUUCAAAAGUAUGCAAACAUCAACAAUUUGGUCAUAAUUUACUUUUUUUCACACUGACUUCUUUUCUUAACGGCUCACCAUUAUAUGAAAAAAUUCAUUCGCUCUGCUUGUUUUUUGAAAUCUGAUUUGAAAUGUUUUGAUCACAAGUAGAUUGGCAGCAAUGCACCUAAUAAAAAUUACAUGACGACUUGAAAACUCUAGCGCUUAUUUUUGAUUUUUUUAUUGAUACCGACGGCAUUUAGUAGCAGCCAAAUCAUUCUACUUGCGACCACAAACCCUUGAACAGAACCGAUGAACUUGUAUUUUAGUUAUUUUUCCUAAUAAUCACUUUUACACAAAGCAAUAUUAUUAAAAAAAUUCUCAAAGUUUCGAAAAAAAUCGGUGUAGAGAAAAAAAUGAAAUUCAUGAUCAAAAAAAGUGUUUUUCAUACUUUUUGAAGGGUGGUUCCAAUAUUAUAUGUUGACCUUAACAUGGUCCUACCGUUUCUAACCCUCAACACGUGCGCUUUUUGAGUUUUGCAAUACGGCAGUGUUGCGGUGAGUGUACUGCCGGCUUUCAGGGCCAGCGCCGCAAAUGGCGGCUCGCAGCUGAUGCGGUAAUCAACGGUGCUUGUGUUUGCAGAGCGAAGCCACCAUUUGACGGCUCAAAUCCGACCCGAGGCAAGAAGCGGAGGAAAUCUGACGGAUACUUCACCUUCGUCUAG